CAGGCCAAGGGCCGGCAAGCGUCGCAUCGCAAAAAUCCGGCGCGCCCAACCACGCCACACCACACCACACCGCUGGGGGUCUGGCGGUGGCGGGAGAGGCGAGCACAUCACCACGCGGCGGUGGGCGAUGCCGAUGCGAAUGCGAUGCGGUGCCGGUGCGGGCUGCGGGUGCGGGGGCGAGGAUUGAGGAGGAGGGCGCGGCAGGCAGGCAGGCAGAGGGCAGCCGACCCACCCCGGGACGUGGACGUGGUGACGCGGUCUCGGGGGCGAAAUCAACCCAACGGAACGGACUGACCGACGCGGCGCCCGGGUCGUGGCGGGCCCGGCGCGUCAGCCUCCGCGGGGGCCGUGCCGACCAAACAGGCGCAGGCUGCAGCCGCGGGCGGGCGCGGGAGGAAAGGAAAGGAAAGGAAAGGAAAGGCCACUCGGGGGCCGGGCCAAGCCAAACGCGGAGUCGCCGAGGAGGAGGACAAGGCACAACAAGCCGCACGAGAAGGCAGGCAGGCAGGCAGGGCAGAGAGGAAGGAAGAGGAAGAGGAGGGGGAGGAGGAGAGCGCGUGGAGGAGGCGAGGGGGGGGGGGAUGCGGCGGGCGAGGCCGCCGCCGGUCCCGGUCCCGACGGCGCCGGGGGACGCGGGGGGGCCGGAGGUGAAGUACCGAGGGGUGAGGCGGCGGCCGUCGGGGCGGUACGCGGCCGAGAUCCGUGACCCGGCCAGGAAGACCCCGAUCUGGCUCGGCACCUUCGACUCGGCCGAGGCCGCGGCCCGCGCCUACGACGCCGCCGCCAGGACCAUCCGCGGCGCCGCCGCGCGGACCAACUUCCCCUCCGCUUCCACCUCCGCCGCGGUGGCGCCGCCGCCGCCACCUGCCUCCGUCACCGCCCCCGCCGCGGCGGGGGCGGCGACGUCUAGCCACAGCAGCACCGUCGAGUCCUGGAGCGGCGGCGGCGCGCCCGCCGGGAUCCUCCGCGCCGCAGCCGCCGCCGCCCCGGCCACCGAGGAGGACUGCCGCAGCUACUGCGGCUCCUCUUCGUCGGUUCUCUGCGAGGACGGCGCGUCCGGCCCGGGCUGCGCCGACGAGGCCGCCGCGCCGCCGCCGAACCCGCUGCCGUUCGAUCUGAACGUGCCGGACCCGGCGGCCGACGAGAUGGACUGGCGCUGCGACACGCUGCUGCACCUCUAGCCGCCGCCGCCGCCGCGACCGCGAACCAACCAACCGCGAGCACUCCUCCCCGAACUGGUACUGCAGGAUCGUGCUGCUCGCUUCGUGUGGCUGAUGAUGAUCCGGCGGAGCAAUGCGUACCAGCCCAACAAGUGCUAUCGUGCUAUCUCUCUCCAUAGAAAUUGAUAAUUUUAAUUUUUCUUUUUUUGGCCACUGCUUCUUUCUUUAGUCUCUCUCUCUCUCUCUUUUUCUUUUUACCACUGCCAAGAUUCGGUAAUACUCUUUGUGAUAAUGUGAAUAACUCAUCAUGUAAUCCGUGGAGGGGAAACCUGUUCUUGCAAACCUUCCUGCUUCCUGCUGUGUUAUCUGUAGCAGCAUGAUGUAUGUGAGCAUGUGACCACGGCCUCUUCUUGUCUUGCUGUAAUUCUCUUAACAUAAUGGAAUUAAGAGAAAUUUUACAGACA